ACGCGUCUCCCACUUGUCCUCCCAAUUUGUUUCUUGCCACUGUAACUCAAGCACUAAUUGAAAUAUCUUCCUAUAAUUGAAGAUUCAGGUUGCUAUAAUUCUCCAUCCACAAGAUUUUCCCCCUAUUUUCUCCGCUUCUAGCCAAAUUUAACCUCAUCUCCUCUUCCUAUUUUAGUGCUUUCUGGAAUUUUCCCCCCAUAAAUCUGAUCUCUUUUAAGAACCCAUCAUUUUUUUCCCCUUAGAUGGGCUUAAGCAUGGCUUAGGUCGAAAACCCAGAUUAAGAAAAGGAGAAGAAACAAAAACCCAUUUGGAUUUUGCCUUAGGGUGAAGAAUCGUUUUGUCUUUUUUUUUUUUCCAUCCUUUGAUUGUAGUGAGUUGACUCAGUGGUAGAGAGAGAUGGCGACGGCGACGACGAUGGCUCAGCAUGUUAUGAUUGAGUCGCCCACGAUGAAUAGGAGGCAACCGUUGUUACCGGGUGGCUCUGCGGCUGCGGCGACUGCGACUGCGGCGGUGAAGGACGAGAGGGAGUGCCCGAGUGGGAGGACGAUAGGGGAAGUUGCAGGUGUGACUACGGCGGAGUGCGCCGCCGUGUGCUGCUGCUGUCCAUGCGCGGUGAUGCACCUGCUCAUCUUGGCCGUCUAUAAAGUUCCCAAGGGGCUGUGUAAAAAAGCCUGGAAGAAAAAUAAGAGGAAAAGAUUAUUAAAGAAAAAGAAGAAGAAUUUGGAGGAAAAUAAAAGUGGGCCGAAUGGCACUCAUCAUGAUGAUGAUGAAUCAUCAUCUGACGAUUAUGAUGAUAAUCAGAAGGGCGUUGGUGUAAUGGACGCCGUUGAUCUUGAUUCUGAAAUGUGGGACCGGUUUUACGGGGCUGGGUUUUGGAGAAGUCAUUCUCAAAGGGAAGAUUAAUUGAUUAAUGAUUUUUUUCCCCCAAGAUUUUUCCCUUUUUCUUUGAGAGGUAAAUUUUGGGGUUUUUUUUCCACAAAAAAAAAAGGUAAGGGGAUUUUUGGGAUGAUGAAAAAUGAGUAGUUGGCUUAAAAAAAAAAAGAAAAAGAAAAAAAGAGUAGUUGAGAAAGGGAUUUGAUUGUGAUUGAUCAAAGAUGAGUGGUGGUAGGCGGUUGUGAUUUUGUUUGGAGUUCUGAAUUUUGAUUGAUCACUUGUUUUUCUUCAAGGUAUGCAAUGUAUAGGCAACAGGCCAAAAACUUGAAAUGUUAUGAAUAUAUGGCAACUGUAAAGAGUGAACCGAAGGGUCUUCAAAGGACUCAUUCUUGCUCCUUUUCUGCAUUGAGGUAAUCUCAAGGUACAGAGACAAUUGCAAUAGGCUAUGAUUAUGAGAAUAUGAUUGUUGAAGCUGUAAUUUCUUCUAUUGGGGUGGCUCCAAAUUUUGUAGUGGAUGCUGUUUUGGGGAUCUGCCUGUCAAAUUUUCCCAUUGGAAUAGGGUGGUUAAUUCAAUUGACUAACAAGACAUAGAUAACAAAGGAUCCCCCCUUUUAGUAGUAGAAAUCUGUCUAUGCUAAACAUUUGCAGCAAGGGCUUUUGCUUUUGUUGUGGACUUUGUGUCUGUUCUUUGUUGUAUCUUUCUUAUUUUCAAGUUGCAAAAUUGAAAACAUGAAAAUUUAUACCCAAAACUUGUAUUGAUGAAUCCAGUGUAGGCUUGCCUAGCCAUGGGAGUAUUGCAACUCGAUCAAGAGUUAUUUGAUCAAUAAAGUGUAGAAAUUUAG